AUGGAGCCAUCAUUGAACUAUUCCUUCAACGUACAGUCCUUCUUCACCAGUCAGGAGACUUUAAAUAUCAGAUGCGAUCUCCAAUUAUGGUGUGGCUACUUCCAAUCGGUAUGCCCUGCCAUGGACAGGAUGCUUAUUGACAUGGACAUCUCAACAGGCAUGAUGUACAAAGAGGGGAGACUCAUCGACCUCUGUCUUGAAUGUCUG